UGUGUAUAUUUUUCAAAAAACUUACGUAAACAUUUUUAUAUUAAAAGCAUAUAAUAUAAAUAUUGCAAAUAUAAUUAUAGCUUUAAGUGAUAAAAUUUCGAUCAUACAUAUAUAAAAAGUUGUCGGAGUGUAUAAUAAGAUACAUGCUUCAUAGAGGUUAUGUUUUUAUUUGUGCAAGGACAGAGUGCUUUUUAUUUGUGUAAGAAUAUUUCUCUCGUUACGAUAUAUUCAGUCAACUUCUUUGUUUCUCGUGAUGUUCCAUCGCUUGUAAAAAAAAAUUAAAAUUUUAAUUUAACUGUUUAAUAAUAAUCCAUAUUAAUAAAACGGAUUCUGAAUAUAACGGAAAGAUCGUAGGCUAUUCUUAACCUUAAAAAAAUGUCCGACGACGAGGAUCUGGUUUAUGUAAAGAAACAGAAGACCGUUCAUUAUGGCUCCCUGGAAGAGGCGGAACGUGCACGGCUUGCAGCUUUGCAAGUUGCUAUCGAAACCACAGACGAGGAGAAAGAUAUUACAAAUGCGAAUGAUAUCAUCAGUGCUUCCAACUUGGCUGGCAAUGUGCACAUUUCAAACGAGUAUAUGGAACUGGAGGAUGAAAUGUCCAAAGAUCGUCAGGCAUUGCUGGAAGAAUUUGAACGUAGGAAAAAGGCCAGACAGAUUAAUGUUUCUACGGAUGAUUCCGAGGUGAAGAAACACUUGAGACAAUUGGGUGAACCAAUUUGUCUCUUUGGCGAAGGUCCUGCGGAUAGAAGAACAAGAUUAAGAGAAUUGUUAGCCAGUGUAGGAGAGGACGCUAUAAAAAAGAAGCACGAAGAAGAGGAGAAGCCACUUCAUACAGUUGAAAAGGAUACGGAGACAACUUGGUAUCAUGAGGGCCCAGAAUCUUUGCGAAUUGCACGAUCGUGGAUAGCAUCAUAUUCAUUGCCCAGAGCAAAGGCGCGAUUGAACGAGGCGAGAAAAGAUUUAGAAUUACCAACUGCGACUCGUACAGCGAAGAGACAAGAACUUUUGAAGAAGUUGCAAGCAUUGAGCGGUUAUCGCUCUCAAUUCGCGGACACGAGGCCGAUUUCUUUUUGCCAGUUUAGCCCUAAUUCAAAGAUUCUUGCUACUGCAUCAUGGUCUGGCUUGUGCAAAUUAUGGUCUGUACCUGACUGUACUCUGUUGCGCACUUUAAAAGGACAUACUUGUAAUGUUGGCUGUAUUGUUUUUCAUCCAAAAGCUACGAUAACCGAAGAUGUGAUAGGUGAUAAUGCAGGACAGACUUGCAUGCUGGCAUCUUGCGCAGCAGAUGGUACUGUGAAACUGUGGAGCGGAGGAAAUGGCAAAGAACCACUGGCGGAAGUAGAAGGACACGAGCCUCAUAGAGUUUCCAGGAUAGCGUUUCAUCCGUCCGGACGAUUUCUUGGCACGUGUUGCUACGACGCAUCUUGGCGAUUGUGGGAUUUAGAGCAGCAAGCAGAGGUACUUCAUCAAGAAGGUCACUCUAGAGCUGUACAUUGUAUUAGUUUUCAGUGCGACGGAAGCGUUUGCGCUACAGGCAGUCACGAUUCUUUCGGUAGGGUAUGGGAUUUGCGUACCGGUAGAUGCAUAAUGUUUAUGGAGGGUCAUCUAACAUCCAUCUAUGGUGUCGAUUUCUCGCCGAAUGGUUUUCAUAUAGCGACGGCGAGUGAGGAUAACACUUGCAAGAUAUGGGACUUGCGAAAGAGGACCUGCAUAUACACUAUACCGGCGCAUACCAACUUAUUGUCCGAUGUGAAAUACCAGAGAAUAGAAGGACAAUAUUUAGUUACCGCAUCUUACGACAACACAGCCAAAAUCUGGUCCAAUAAAACGUGGCAACCGCUCAAGGUGUUACCAGGUCAUGAUGGAAAAGUCAUGUCCGUCGAUGUGUCUCCCGAUCAUAAGUAUAUCGCGACCACUUCGUACGAUAGAACUUUUAGAUUAUGGGCUCCAGAAUAAAUCGACUGAGAGAAUUCUCCUCCUAAGAUUGUGUCAAGUAGUUUAUAAAAAUCUAUUUUGGCGUUUCUUAUUAAUAUAAUGUAACGAAGUAUAAUAUAAUAUACUUAUAUAAAACAAAAUCAUUUUAUUUAUUGAGCAUUUAAUUAUAGCAAUUUUGUGGAAUUCACUUUGCACUCAUUCAUUGUGUAAUCAUACAAUUUUGUAUACAAUAGUUUUAAUAAAAAUUAAUUUUUUUAGAAAAGUAAUAAUAUAUUGCUUAUGUUGGGAAAACUUUAUUUUCACUUGUAAAUAUGCAACAUACUUGAAAUUACAAUUGGAAAUAUUCUUGACGCUUGUACUGCGCAUUUCAAAAAUAUGUCUGCCGUGAAAUAGGUCUUAUAAUCGCGUAUAAACUUUUGACGUUAUUUAUAACUGGGGCAGCUGCCCGUUCAAUAGGAGCACUGUCGAUGUUUAUACCGUCCUCGACAGAGUCACGAACAUGUUAACUACAGAAUCCGAACUCUCAUGCCGAGGUUUGUAGAGUACAUUUCAAGACGAGAGUAUCAAAAGAGGAAGACUUCGCGCGCUACUCUUAUGUUAUUAACAAACUUUCAAUGAAAUUCUGAAACAGCAUCCUUUAAAACUUUCAUUGUAGAUUUUACGCUGUUAUACCGACAAAAUUUCUCUUUGAGAAAUGUAAUUCACUUUUUCUUUAUUUUCAAAUUGCAUUCAAGUUUUGAUAUUUCACAGAAUAUGUUUAUCUAUAAAAAUAAAAUAUAACAUAUUUUUUAAAGAAAUUAAAAUAAUUAUAAUAAUUUAUUAAAUGUCAAUUUAUUAAUAUCAGGAAGGAAAGGAGUCUAAGAUUUAUUAUCUUAAAAGAGACUAGUAAUUACAUUUAUAUUUUAAAUGAUAUAACUACAUAUUCUUAUUGUGUUAUAUUUUUCUUGUCAAUAAGCGAUACCGACACAAUUAAAAUUUCAAUUUUGAUUACUGAUACAUUAUGUAU